GUUAACCCUCCUUCUUGAAUCACCCUCACUGUAGCCCCACUCUCCAACAGAGAAAGGACGCUAUAUUUUUCUCUCUGUAAAGAAACAUUUUAGUACUCAGUCAGUGAAAUCCUCGAAUGUGGAGAAGAUGAAUAUCUUAGUGUUUCUGGUUCUUCUGGGAAUAGGCCCUCAUGGCGCAGCAGCAGUGCCUCACUCUCUGAAGAAUUUCUACACUGCGUCCUCUCAAGUCCCAAACUUCCCAGAGUUUGUGGUUGUUGGGUUGGUGGAUGACAUUCAGAUGGUUCACUAUGACAGUAACACCAGGAGAGUAGUCCCCAAGCAGGACUGGAUGAACAGAGUCACAGAAGAUGAUCCUCAGUACUUGGAGAGGAACACUGGAUACUCUGUGGCUGCCCAGCAGACCUUCAAAGUCAACAUUGACAAUUUAAAGCAGCGCUUCAACCAAACUGGAGGUGUCCAUAUUUACCAGUGGAUGUACGGCUGUGAAUGGGAUGAUCAGACUGGUGAAGUUAAAGGUUUUUUGCAGUUUGGUUAUGACGGAGAAGACUUCAUAUCCUUUGACCUGGAGACAGGGACAUACAUCGCUCCAAAACGAGAGUCUGUCAUCACCAAACACAAGUGGGACAGUAACAAAGCUCAGAUAGCACAGUACAAGCACUACCUCACCAAGAGUUGUCCUGAGUGGGUGAAGAAGUAUGUGAACUAUGGAAGAGCUCUCUUGCUGAGAACAGACCUCCCCUCAGUGUCUCUCCUCCAGAAGUCUCCCUCCUCUCCAGUCACAUGCCACGCUACAGGUUUCUACCCGGACAGAGCCAUGAUGUUCUGGAGGAAAGAUGGAGAGGAGCUUUAUGACAACGUGGACCACAGAGAGAUGCUCCCCAACCACGACGGAUCCUUCCAGAUGAGUGUUGACCUGGACAUUUCCUCAGUCCCAGCUGUAGACUGGAAGAAGUACCAAUGUGUGUUUCAGCUCUCUGGUGUGAAGGAGGACAUCGUCAAAGCACUGGACCCAAAAGAGAUCAGGACCAACAACGGAGAUCUCAGCUACAUUUACAUCAUUGUUGCAGUGGCUGUUCUCGCUCUCGCCCUCAUCGCUGUGAUUGGAUUUGUGGCUUACAAAAAGAAAAAGGCCAAAUGCCCUCCAUCUCCUGACAACAGCUCUGAGCUCUCUGAGAAACUGAAUCCAGAUCCAAAAUAAAAACACAUCCCCCUGCACACGGUGUAUGGAAUAAUAUUGCACUGGAUCAAAGAGCAGUGCCCCCACAUUCUCCUCUUGGAAUUGGUUAUUCAUGAUCAUAUCAUCAACUGAUUUUGGUUUGAUAUCUAGUUAUAUACACGCAUUCAUUGCAAUACAGAGAGACACAUUUAGAAAAUUGAGUUGGCACAUAUAGAUAAAUGUUCGCAAUUGAUCAUUUGGUUUCACAUUUAAAAAAGAAUUAAAUGUUUUCUUGGUAAAUAAAAUCCGGAUGAUUAUUUUAUUAUGUAAGCAGAAGCAAAAUACAAUAUUCAAAACUGUUGCUCUUGGGGUUUCGGUUAAAAAUCAAUAUUGGUAACGAAACAUUAAUAUACACAUACACACAGACAUCUACAGAUAUCCAUUUUCAUACACUCCCAGGGUCUGGCGAUCAUAAUAUAUACCUUGAGAUAACAGAUACAUGUCAACAAUUAGAGUUUUCUUUCAUAUUUAAACUGAGAAAGCCAUUAUUUGUUUCUCCAGUUGAGUAACAUCACUCGAGGCAAUAGGGAAAAAUCAAUCAUUGACACUUUUAAGAAUAUCCUACCUAAAUUAGACACCCUAAAGGGCCCAAAGUGGCAAUGCAAUGGCUGCCAAUCUGUGUUCCUGCUGCUGAUAAAUUGUACUCCACCUCCAAGCCAGUGCAUGCUGGGAUUGAUUUGAUUCCCAAUUUAUAUUUCAAUCAGACAAUUUAAAAAGUCUGAAAUGGGCCAUUCUGAAUAAUGACUUGUAAUCCUUUGAUGUGACUACUGUAAAUAUCCUUCUACCGCUGUGUGAAAGUGCUCUGAAGAAAUCAGCCGUUAUUUAAAACGGAAAAGAUUUAAUCUUGCGGCCAUUAGAGCCCAUUUUAUGACAAGCUGUCAUUACAGCUCUUUCUAGUGGGAAGAACUGGAAAUGGAUGUAUUGAGUUGUUGUAUCACUGUGGUGGAUUAUAUAUACAGCAUGAAAUGACACAAACAAUGAUAGGUUGUAUCAAUGUCGCCCACACACAUCUAUAUUUUCCAGUUGUGUAAUUAAUUUGCUUGUAUAUGUUUUGAUUAUUAGAUGCAUAUAAUGAUUUAUGUUUUUUGAGGUUAAGCUAAAAUGAAUUAGUAGUGUUUUUUUGGUGUAUAAUAUAAAUAUUUAAUUGGUUUUAAAAAAAUGUUUGCUAAAUGAUUUUGAAAAUAUUGUUGCUAGUGUUUAGGCACAAGGUACAUUUAAUAAACAUACGCAUUGAAUAAGGACGUUAAAAAUCAUUUAUUGUUUUGGGUGAACGUUAAGUUGUCCUGCUUUGUCAUUCCUUUCUCUAUUGCUGUUUUGCGUUCCAAUAAAUACCCACAUUUUCCAAAA